AUGUCUAUGUCUGAAAAUCAUACAACAAUGUUAAUAUCAAGAUCUACUAUUGCGAAAAAUGAAACUGCACUAUUAUCACCCAAAAAUCAAAAUUUUAUUGGUGUAUGGCUUGAUGGUGACUGUGAACAGAAAACACAUGCUUCUAUAAAACAUGCACUCAAUGAUAUUUUUGAUUGUUUGAAAUCAUUCAGUCUGUUUCCUGAUUGUGUUACGUAUAUCAAUGGAUCUCAUCCUGGACAAUUGUUUUUUAUCGUAUCACAUGGAAUCGGUAUACAUCUAGUACCUCUUAUUAAAAGUAUGUCGCAGAUUGAGUAUAUCUAUGUAUACUGUACUGGUGAAACGGAGCAAAAUCACUGGGAUUCGGCAGUAACCAACAAGAUUCAAGGCGGAUUUAUCAAUGUCGAAAUGCUAAUUAAACAAAUACAAAACAACUUUUUAGCUUUCAAUGAGCAUACAGCGGUGGCAUCAGCAACUAACGUCAUCACCACCGUAGCAAAAGACCAAGAAAGCGACGGCAGUGCAGCUUAUGCUGUUCCACCAAUAUCUCUAUUCAGUGGAAAAAUCAAAAACAAUUCAAUAAAAGAUUUAAAUAAAGACUCUAUUUGGUUUAUUCGAUUUCAAUUAUUGAUUGAAAUUUUGAUACGCCUGGAAAAAUCAGAAACGGCAAAAACCGAAAUGAUAUUAAUUUGUCGUCAGUUUUAUAAAGAUUAUCCAAUUGAACUAGCUAAAAUAGACAAAUUUGAAGUAGAAGCUGAUGAUCCAUUAAGAGCUAUAUACUGGUAUACAGCUGCGUCGUUUCUCGUUCAUUUACUAAAUAAAGUAUGCGGUACAGAAGAUGUUGAUCAUACCUAUUAUUUUCGAUUAUUUAUUAGUAAUUUGCAUAAUCAAAUUGUUCAGUUGCAUUUACGUGAUAAAGAAACAUUAAGGUUAAAGAAAAAUAGGACUCUUUUCUACAGAGGAAAGUGUAUUGCUGCAAGUACGUUGGAAAAUUUAAGAAACAAUAUCAAUGGUCUUAUAUCAAUGAAUGGCUUUUUAUCGGUAACCACUGAUCAAGUUGUUGCUGAAUGCUAUACUGGUAACGGACAAGUUCAACGGGGUGUAUGUGUUCUAUUCAAGUUAAACGUUGAUCAUUCGACCACAUGUAAACCGUAUGCUGCUAUAAAACCUGAAGAUGGUUGUAUGAAAGACGAAGAAGAAGUUUUAUUUUCAAUUGGAAGUGUAUGGCGUAUAAACAGUGUAGAUGAAAUGACAGAUCGUAGUGGAAUGUGGUGUAUUGAAUUAACAUCAACUCAAGAUGAUAAUACACGUUCUGUAGAAUUAACGAAUUAUUUAAAACAACAAUUAGGUGAAACAUGUGAUCUGUUGACAUUAGGCGACUUUCUGAUGAAAAUGGGUGAAUAUGAUAAAGCUGAAAGAUAUUAUAGAAUGUUAGACGAAGGCCUUAAUUUACCUGAAAAUCAUUCAGAUCGUGCUAUUAUUUAUAAUCGUAUCGGUAUUGUUCGUCGAGAACGAGGUGAUCUGCAUAUAGCAAUCGAUUAUUUUGAAAAGGCGAUAAAAACUGCUCCAUUAGACAGCGAUACACAUACUACGGCUAAGUGUAAUAGAGAAAUAGCUCAAGCUGACCUAAAACCGUCGUCAAAAGUUUUUCUAAAUAAACGUCUAAGAUCAACUGAUAUAGUAACAAAAUCGUUAUCAGCCAAUCAUACAUCGGCAUCAAUAUUGGAAAAUAAUAUGGGAGAUGUUGCUUAUCAAACUGGCAAUUAUGACUUAGCUGUUGAUCAUUAUCAAAAGGCUCUCACUAUACUAAUGAAAUCAGAACUGGCUUAUCUAUUGGAGAUUUCAGUCGUUAAUAAUAAUUUAGGUGCAGUCGAAUAUGCUAAAAACAAUUAUCCUAAAGCAAAAGAAUAUUUUGACUUGGCUAUAUCUACAAUUCAACAAUUAAAUUUAUCGCAUCCAUGGAGAGCUGAAUAUGUAGAAAAUUUAGCAUGUGUACAACGAAAAAUGGGAAACAAAAGACAAAAAACUAAAUAA